CGGCGCAGGGCGGAGCGAGGGGCGCUGCGGGAGGAGGACCGGCACCGGCCCGGCGAACAUGCCCGCGCUGGGGAUGGUGCCUCGCGGCGGCGGCGGCCUGCGCGGGUCUUGCUGCUCCGAGUCGGCUCAGUAAAGUUUUGGACGGUGCAACCCUGAGCGGUGUGAUGAGAGAUGGCUUUAGGAAACAAUACCCAGCGAAGUUAUUCCAUCAUCCCAUGCUUCAUCUUUGUCGAACUUGUCAUCAUGGCUGGGACUGUUCUGCUCGCCUACUACUUCGAGUGCACUGAUACUUUUCAGGUGCAUAUCCAGGGUUUCUUCUGUCAGGAUGGAGAGCUGAUGAAGCCUUACCCAGGAACAGAGGAAGAGAGCUUUAUUUCCCCUCUUGUGCUGUAUUGUGUGCUGGCUUCAACCCCAACAGCUAUUAUUUUCAUUGGUGAGAUAUCCAUGUAUUUCAUAAAGUCAACCCGAGAAACCCUGAUUGUCCAGGAGAAAACAAUUUUGACUGGAGAAUGCUGCUACCUGAACCCAUUACUUCGAAGAAUCAUAAGGUUUAUAGGAGUGUUUGCAUUUGGACUUUUUGCCACUGACAUAUUUGUAAAUGCUGGCCAGGUAGUGACUGGAAACUUGGCUCCAUACUUUCUCACGGUGUGUAAACCCAACUACACAGCAAAUGACUGCCGGGCUCACCAUCAGUUCAUAAACAAUGGGAAUAUCUGCACUGGGGACGUGGAGGUGAUAGAAAAGGCAAGGAGAUCUUUUCCAUCCAAACAUGCUGCUUUGAGCAUUUACUCAGCCUUAUAUGCCACGAUGUACAUCACAAGCACAAUUAAAACAAAGAGCAGCAGGCUAGCAAAACCUGUCCUGUGUCUGGGAACCCUCUGUGCUGCCUUCCUGACUGGGCUAAAUCGCGUUUCUGAGUAUCGAAACCACUGUUCGGAUGUGAUUGCAGGCUUCAUCCUGGGAAGUGCGGUGGCUUUGUUUCUGGGAAUAUGUGUUGUCCAUAACUUUAGAGGAACACAUGGAGCUCCUUCUAAACCGAAGCCUGAAGACCCACGAGGAGUUCCCCUCAUGGCGUUUCCCAGGGUGGAAAGUCCUCUGGAGACGUUGAGUGCCCAGAACCACUCUGCCUCUAUGACUGAAGUAACCUGAGAUGGAAGGUGGCGACAGAAGCUAUUUUUAUUACCCUCCAGUACAAUACUCCAAGACACACAGUUACUAAAUGUCAGACUGUGACGACCAGUAUUAUGUUAUGUCUAGUUAGAGGCUGAUGUUUUUGUACAUUUUUUGUAUGAGGAAGUGAUGUAGCUUGCCCUGAUUUUUUGUCAGCUUUAAUAUAUUUAUGCCAGAAUUUAAAAACAAAAACUACAAAAACUACAAAAAAAAACCCAAACCCUUUUCUUGUUUAAAGUGUGCACUGAGGAACUACAUCUAUGGAAUUGUUGAUGUUAUGUGAUAUUUGUACACAAACAUUUUUUUUUGGUUUUAUAUACAUUGAAAUAAAAAUAAUUCUAAUAAUUCCCUUUUACCUUUUGUUACCAUAAGGAAUGCUUUUGACAAAGGGCCAGAUUCUGGUCUCAGCAGCCUCGGUGUAAAUCAGAAAAAACUGCCUAAAUUUACUCCAGAUCUGAGCAACUGUGAUCAGGAAUCUAGCCUAAAAUUCCUAACAGCAUUCAGCUUCAGUUCAGCAAGUUACUUAAGUGAGUGACUGGUCACAGUCUGUUUUGUUGGACUAUUCAGAAACUUCAAAUUAAGCAUGUCCUCAAGUACCUUGCUAAACCAAGGGGUGGGUGAGUGGGUUAGGAAAGCCAGAGGAUUGUGCUAUUUAUUCAAGAAUGACAAAUGAUAUGGUCAGUGGUUUUUUGUUUAGUUUUUAAUGGACUUUGUGAUGAGGACAUGUUGGAUGCUUAGAAAAUACUACAUUAUUCUAUAAUAAUGGCUGUAAAUGCUACAGUUGACAACAGCACUUUCAAAUCCUGAACUCAGAAACAGCUUCUGCAUGAGGUUACGAUAGAAAGAGAUGUUAAGAUGUAUGAGGCCAUUACUAUGGAUUUUUGUAGUAUUUCUGUCACAUAAAUGUUUCAUGAUUGCAUUAUAAGGUCAAAACGUGAACUUGAGGCUGUGUCAUGCUUACAACUGGUGCCAAUGAGACAACGAGGAGUAACACCACUAACAACCUUAAUGGAAUUAUGUAGGAUUCAGACUGGUGUGUCCAAGGAGUCAGGGGGCCUUCAUGGUCUACCUUGGUUUAGGUGCCCAGAUUUCAUUGUAGGGCUCCAGUGAGUCAUAGAAGUAACUGGCACGGUCUGCAAUAGCUAAAUCCACAUUUUUGUAAAUCAUAUCAUACAGAGUUUAUAUCAAAACUGCUAUUUUACAGUUUGCACAGUAUUGUUAAAAAAAAUUAAAAUGAAAUGGGGGGCGGGGAGGGAUUGGGCAAUGAAACGCAAUGAUGACCAUUUAUGACGUAUAGAACCGGAGCAAGUUUCAUUUCAUGGCUUUUACUUGUUUCUAGGGAAUUUCCGCAUCUCAUUCUUCUAGCAUGGUGAUAUCUGAUGUGUGUCUCCUUUAAAAAAUGGAGCCUCUGUCUGUACUUUUACUGGAAUGUUUACCUGACACUUCCAUGUUGGUUCUUCUUGGCUCUUUUUGUAUAUUUUUUUUCCAAAACAGAUGAAAAAAAAUUAUCACAAAAAAUUGCA